UAAAACUGGAAAUCUAGAGUAAAAAAAAGUUGUCAAAGAUGAAGAAUGUAUUGAUAAAAAAUCAAUUCAAUGAAUAUUGGUACCCGUCUGAUAGAACAUAAAAAGACUUUAUACGAUAUAACAACGUCGAAUGUGUCCGAAAAAUUGAAUGCUUCUAUUUAAACAUGAAAUUGAACAUGAAGUUCGAUAAUGUAUUCAUUUAUACAAUGGAUCGUAUUGUUUGGAUGAUUGUUUUGACUGUCGUUGCCAAUUUUAUAUUGGAAUAUUCGGGUGUUUGGGCACAAACAAAAGAUAGCCGCAGCUAUGGUUCAGCAGCUGUACCUUAUAAUUUGCAACAGCGACGCGAUUCAUCAAAUAAUGUGAAUCCGGACGACGUCGAGUUGAUUGAUCCAAUGCAAACAUCACCAACUGAAAACAAUGGCCGUGCCUCUCGUAAUAAACUAUUUGAUAACAUUUUCAAGAUACCAAUUUCAACAUUGAAUGCCGUCAAUGAACUGCUUCAAGGCAUUGGUGGUACAUUUAGUUCCAGUGGAUAACUAAUCCGGACCAUUCGCACCAAUUUUUUAAUUCCGCGCAGAAUUGGUCGAUACUAUUAUAACCUUGGAUACAUUCCAUGAUCAACAACCAUUUUAUAACGUUUUAGACGGGGCAAUUUCGUUUCGUUUUUUUUUUUU